AUGAGUUCGGCGUACGUUAUGCAGCAGCACCACCAGCAUCACUAUAACAACCAUUCGUCGAUGUACAGCGUCGGAGGGAGCGCUAUGAUAGGGCAUGGAAAUGUCGCGAACCUGGAACCAACUGCCUAUAACGGCUACCAUGGCAACGCAUCGAAUGGCGCCGGUAUGGGCGGUACCGGUGGCCUUUGCUAUGGCUAUGGAACCGACACAGGAUCCUCGGAAGGUUACCAUAGCCCUGGACCGGUGUCAAGCCCUGAAUCCUACUACAACCAGACAUCCCCGGCCGAGUAUAGCCCGGAGCGGAGUCCAUACACUAACUACGGUUACUGCAACUCAGGGAGCACCUCAUUAACUCGCACGACAACCACCAGCACCAGCAAUGGAUGCUACGAUCCCUACUACAACUACACAACGAACUGCUUCAAAACGGCCUCACCGACGGUACCCCGGUAUUCCGGUAUGACGAACAACAGCAGUACGAUCAGUAAUGAGCAUCCUCUUCCGACUGACUACGUCAAGUCAGAGAACUCCCCUGAACUGGAUCAACCGAAAGGAUCUUCAUAUUGUUCGUCCUCAUCACAUAUGUCCUCACCUCUGAUAUCGCGGACAGUCACGGAUACUGCAGCGAAUUGUCAGCCAGCGCUUCAGUCUCACCAGCAUCACGGCCCUUACUACAAUCCGUACGCGAAACCAACGGUGAUCCGGGAUCACAGCAGCCCAGUGCACAGCUCCGGAAGUUCACUUUCGCCAACACCGUCACAGUCCAGCGAUCAUUCCAUUGUCACCGUGCAGCCGGAAGUGGUGAAGAAGCGGCGGCUCGCAGCGAAUGCCCGCGAGCGCCGCCGUAUGAACAGUCUCAAUGAUGCGUUCGAUCGAUUGCGGGAUGUGGUACCUUCGCUCGGUAACGACCGGAAACUGUCCAAGUUCGAGACGCUUCAGAUGGCGCAGACGUACAUAGCGGCCCUCAACGAGCUUCUGUCGAGAGAGUGA